GAUAUAGAAGUACUAUAACAAAGAUUUAGGCCAUAGACCUAGACCCCCUAGGCUAAGGCGUUGUCGCUCUCAUUCCCUUCCCUACUGGACCCUAACCAAAUGACACUAAUACCUGCCUAACACAACACUCUCUUUUCCUCUAUCUUCUCAUUACUGUCUUCCCUUCCUUGCCCUUUUUUAAAGUCACGAGACCCACCUUUAUUAUGUCUCUUCUUGUUCUUUCUCCCCCAUCAGAAAGACUGAGUGAAGAGAGGAGAGAGAAAAGAGUAGAAGAGUAAGAUCAAGACGCAGCUGACAGACACCAAGAGUGAACUAAGAGAAAAUAUAAUAAAGUUUCAACUUCACAUUUAUUUCUUCUUCACCUUCAAACAACAACAGCUUCAAACUCAAAGUUCACUUACUCCAUCAUCCAUGAGAACAGAAGGGAGCCCAUUGGACCUGAACAAUUUGCCGGAGGAUUACACUAGAGAUGGCAAACAAGUAGUGUAUGAAGACACUUCCACUUCUGGGCAAAAGAAAAAAAAAGACAAAGAUGAAAGUGGGAAGGUGUAUGAGUGUAGGUUUUGCUCACUCAAGUUCUGCAAAUCACAAGCUCUUGGUGGUCACAUGAACCGCCACCGCCAAGAGAGAGAGACAGAAACACUAAAUAAGGCUCGUCAACUGGUCUACAGCUCUGAAAACCCUCCCUCCAUUCCUCACCACCACCCUCACUCUCAUCUAGGGUCUUAUGUGUCAGCAGGUGCAAUAUAUCACCAGCCACCUCCCCCACCUCCUCCAGUUUACCCAACAAGACCAAUAAUGUUCUCCGGUGGUGCAUCAUCAACGCUUUUACAGCAACCACAUAAUCAACCACUACAAUAUCAUCAUCAUCAGUCAUGCUUGUACACCACAACAACGCCACCACGUAUCACUCCAUCAGGGGAUUAUUACAUGGCACACGGUCAUGCACUCACUGGAUCAUCCCCUACAAACUAUACCUGCAUCGGUGCACCAGUCGGUAUACCUGGACUCGCUGAGCCGCCUCGAGGGCGAGACGGACUCGACACGGAGGACGGGCUUACAAGUCCAUACUAAUGGCUUAAUUUACUCAAUUAGAACGCAGGAAUAUAUAGUACUUAGUACUUAGUAGUACUCUUAAUUAUGUUAGGAUGAUGAGAGAAAAAUGGAGGGGCCAUGCAAGGAGUAAAAAUAUUUUGGUCUUUCUGAUCACCAGCUUUCAUUUUUAUUAUAAUUUUAAUUUAUUAAUUGUUGGGAUAGGUUUUGGAAUUAUUUAAAAAAGUUUUCUUGAGCUCACAAAGAGUUGCAGUGUCUCUCUUUCUGAAGAGGAGCAGUAGCAGAGUGGCAGAGAAAGAAAAUAAGAGAGAGAAAGUUUGUUUGUUAGGGAUUUGGAGGUUUAUGAAGAGAGAUGAAACUGGAAGAAAAGAAACUAGAGUUAGUGUUGUUGCAGUUGCAGGUGGACAACCAGUUGGAUAUGAACUAUAUCUUUCCAUUUCUAA